GUUAAUAUCCGCGACCACAAGAUGGCGUACAUUAUGCGACGCUACUUUGACGUCCCUGUUUAAAGUUAAUAUUAUCGUUUCUGCUCGAAAAAAUGUGAAAAAUUACCGUCGGUCAAGUUACAUUUGGUCUUCCUACGUUCUUAAUGAAUAAUGUGGUGGACAGAAAUUGUGUUAAAUCGUUUGUUUGGACCAAUCAAGGUAUUUGGAUCGGUGCACGCACUGUACGCGCGGUAGGCACCGCCGCGAUUGGCCAACUUACGAAAGGAUGGCUCCGUGAAAGAACAUGGCUGCGACACAAGCCGAGAGCCAACAAAACGAUGUGAAUUUGAGUGAGUCCGUGAAAUGCAUUCAAAAACGUCCCCAAGUCAUUGCGAAUAGUUCAAGUGCUAGUGCGAAACAGCAGCUGGAUCAGGAGCCGGCCGAUAAAGCAGCCACCCGGGGCGCGGCCCAGCUGCUGAACUAUGUGAAGCGCGCGGACUCAGGUUUCGAGAUGAGUCAAUACCGUGAGGACAUUGGCGGACACACCGCCGCCGAGGUCAAAUCUCCCCGCGAACCCCAACAGAACAACCCCCAGGACCAGCAGCAGUCCGUCAACGACGCCUCUGGUCCUGGCCAUCCGGCGAAUCAUCCCUUUGCGCCCAAUCGCGACUACUCCGACGAGUAUGCAUCAAACAAGAGCAACGAGUUCUCGAAACAACACGCCGACUAUCCCGGCAAGCAAAUGCCCAGUGAGCCCGAGCGAGGUGGUGUUGUUCAUCAUCAGAGCGAGAUGGAGGAGCACUACAAGAUAGAGCCGAGACUCGCUCACAUUGGCGCCGGCCCCGGAGCCUUUCCCGGACAGCCCAGGUUCCUCUCGGGCCAGAGUAUCUCCCAGGCCACGGGCCCAACCCCUACGCUUAAUCAGCUGCUCCAGGCGUCCAGCCCCAUGCAUCGGUUUCACUCCAACUACCCCGGAAUCGGACCCGAGUCCUAUCAGCAGCCCUGGCCCAUGCAGCGACCCCCCGUCGUUCCUCCUGUUUAUCCUCAACCUGGACAACGACCUCCGCAAACGGGUUCGCCACGAUUGCACCCUGGACCAGGAGGUCCUUCUCCAACUCCCAUGCCAUAUCAACCAUACUCUCAACGUUACUCUUCGCCAGCGAGACCACACUCGCCCUAUGGUCAUCACCAGAUCAACUCCUAUACCCAGGGUGGACACCCGUCAAGUAUAUAUUCAGAUCAACGAGGAUGGAAUCAAGCUGGACCACCAAAUCCACCACCUCCACCGACAAAUCAAACCAACCCAUCCAGUCAGUCUCCACAACGUGCUCUUUCACAAUCUCCAGCACCGCCACCUUCUGCGUCGCCGCAGCCACAACCAACUGGUCAACCACAGAAUUUUCAUAGUAUGCAGCAACGAUCAACAACUCCAAAUACUCAAGGAAUUGAUUCAGGGGAAUUAUCUGGCCAAAAUAGUAACGAUAGUUCGAAUGGACCUGCUGGUCCUGGAACACCAAAUUCCCAGGGGAUGAGGCCUACCCCUUCGCCUACAGGGUCCACAGGUUCUCGCUCGAUGUCCCCUGCUGUCGCAGGUCAGCAAAACGUUCAGAUGCCUCCACGACCGUCAAGCAGUCAGUCAGAUGGAAGUGGACCAGCACGAAUGAGUCACUCCCCCAUGGCUACUCAAGGAGGAUAUCAACAACCCCUUGGUCCUUCACCGCACAUGCAUAGUUACAAAAUGAAUAGCAGCGGUCCCGGCGUGGUCCAACCAGGACCAGUGCCAACAGGACUUGGCGGUAUUAAUCCAAUGAGUAGCGGAAUGGGAUAUGCAGCAGGUGGGGCUGCCGCGAAUCAACCUGGUGGCUACCCUGGACAGGGUGCUUAUCCUCCUCCUCGGCCACACAUGCAGUUUCCUCAGGGUUACCCGCCGCCAACAAACUCACAACCGCCGCCGAACAACCAAUACCAAUCAGCUAGAUCAAACAAUAUGGUGCAAUACCCUCCUUAUCCGCAUAAAAUGGGCUUCAAUAGUGUGUCGCCCGGCAUGCCACCGAGUCCUGGGCCACCGCAAGUGUACGGCACCAGCGCUCCAGGAAGUAUGGUGCCUCCGGGCAAUCCGGGAAUCGGAGGCAUUGGCAAUAUGGGCCCGCCAACGAGUUCCAUGGGACCACCGCCGCCGUCUCCGAAUCACGUGAGCAAUCAGCCACCGCCAAACGCAGCAGUGCCACAUCCACAUCCACCGGCAGCAACACCGCCCCUCAAUCACGAGGGCAGCCCAAUGCCACCACCAAGUACUACUCCAAAUUCACAUCCAACCCCAGCGCCCACACCUACCAGCCAUAGUUCUGCCGAUCUCUCAACGGAAACGUCGAAUGACAGUGGAAUUACUACCACUGCCUCAGGUACCACAUCUAUUAAUGUUACGUCAACUUCAAGUGGAACAGUAACAUCUGUGAUAACGACGGGUCCCGAUGGCACUUCCCUGGACGAAGGUUCUCAACAAUCUACGUUAUCGAAUGCAUCGGCCGCAUCCGGAGAAGAUCCAGCUUUUACACCAAAGGUUCGAAAAGAGUUACUGGGAGCUUAUCACAGUCAUUCAACAACUCCACAAAGCACAGUUCCAUCUCCUGGUGCUGCUAGCAUUAAUUCAAUCCACGAGGAAUAUCCAGACAUGAAUAGUCCAGGCUGGCCGCGCACACCUGCAAGUCCUGUAUUUAACAGUCAUGUGCCUCAAGACCCUUACAGAUCUAAGAAACCUGAUAGUUUAGCAAAACUGUACGAAAUGGACGAUUCGAUAGAGCGAAGAUCAUGGCUGGAUAAAUUGGUGACAUUUAUGGAAGAGAAACGAACACCAAUCACCAGUUGUCCCACAAUCUCCAAGAACCCCCUCGAUUUGUUUCGAUUAUACCUCUACGUGAAGGAAAGGGGGGGCUUCAUGGAGGUAUGCAAGGUGACAAAGAACAAAACAUGGAAGGACAUUGCUGGACUGCUUGGAAUUGGUGCGAGUAGCAGUGCCGCGUACACGUUGCGUAAACAUUACACGAAGCAUUUGCUGCCGUUCGAGUGUCACUUCGAUCGGGGAGGCGUCGAUCCACAGCCGAUUAUUAAUCAGGUGGAGGCGGGUUCCAAGAAAAAAGGAUCCAAAGGUACAGCAUCCGUACCCUCGCCAGGUUCGUCAAACUCGCAGGACUCGUUUCCUGCCGCUGGCUCGAGUAGCACGUCCAUGGAUGGGUAUGGAAGCUACCAAGGUAGCUAUCCGGGCGGCGCUCCAGUCGGACCUGGAGGAGAUUACACACCGCCACCUCCGAGACCUCCUAGCCAAAGUAGCGCACCUACACCUCAUCAAGGAAUGCAGCAAAGUAAUUACCAAAAUACUGGCUCCUUUCAAAAUUAUCCUCAAGAACAAUACAUUCGACCACAGGGUAGUGGAAUGUCGCAGCAGGGAGAGUUCAAUCAACCGUACACACCUCGGACGCAUUAUCCGCCUUACGUACCCGAUUCUGAAAGGUUUGUUCCAAAUAGGGGAUACUCUGGGGGUAACAUGCCGCCGAACAGUGCCGGAAGUCAAGACAUGUACAAUAGGUAUGCUGGCAAUCAACAGCCGAGUAGUUAUCCAACUGGAACUCCACCCGGUGCUCGCACCAACAAUUACCCAGCGACGCCUCAGGGUCAUCCGCCGAAUGCACAACAACCGCCACCCUCGUGUCAACCAUCUUCUUCUUCUUCGGCACAAUCAUCCGCUUCGUCGACAUAUUCCUGUCCUCAAGAUUACUACAGACAAGAACAGAGUGGAUAUGGAGCUCCAGGUGGAAGUCAAAUUUACCCCCCGGCAACAGCAGCUAAUAAAAAUAUGCCGCCACCUCCACCAGGUCCUCAGCAACCAAGGCGACAUCCAGACUUUGCCAAAGACCAGCAGUAUCCUCAGUAUAAUCAGCAACGGCCGACCUAUCCAGGAUGGCCAGGCGCGACAAAUCAGUAUAACAGUGGCACUGCAGGAGCUAGAGUUCAGUAUCCUAGUCAGCAACCUCAACCGCAGUCACAACAACCACAACCACCACCGCCACAACCUCCGGUUGCUGCUGGUGCUCCUGCACCCUCUGUCGUUGCAGGCAUUCCUAGCUCUCAGCAAUGGGUCGGCCAACAGUCAACCAGGCCCACGGCCCAACCUAGUAUCCCCAUCUCUCACCCGCCGACACUUUGGGAACGUCACUAUUCCAGUCAGCCGUCAACUUUGUAUCCACCUCCGGGCUCACAUCAGGGUCAACUUGGCAUAAAUCCUAUGCUCAAUCAACAGCCAGCACCGAAAAGAGAAAUUGCAUUCCCAUCUGACAGCGUUGAAGCGGUCACACCAUUAUUGUACAAACGACGAAAAUUAACGCGCACAGACGUUGCGCCAGUGGAGGCCUGGCGAGUUAUGAUGGCGUUACGGUCAGGACUUCUCGCUGAGAGCUGUUGGGCACUGGAUGUUUUGAACAUUCUUUUAUUCGACGACUCUUCGGUGAGUUACUUCGGACUGACGCAUCUACCUGGACUUCUAGACGUUCUAUUAGAGCAUUUUUCACGCUCGCUCUCUGACAUGUUCGAAUCGUCAACGGCAGACGAGGAGCGAUACUGGGGUCAGACAGUGGACGGCCCCGAAGUUGAUCUUGGCUCAGUGGUUCGGCCCAUUGACCCAGAGGAUCGUACCAAACUACUCUCGACCUCCAACUACACCUUCCUCUCCAGACGCGGUCGUCCAGUGAAAAUGGUGCCCCGGGACGACGAGAUAUUCGUCCUGGACAGCCGAAGAUCCUGGGACCAUCAAGACUGCGAGGUGGAAACGGAGCCCUGGCAAGUGGAGAGCAACACCACCAAGUACAUCGUCACCUGCUUUCAGUCCGAGACCGGCACUGUACCAUUCGCCCGGCACUUGCGAGACGAGAAGCCGCCCCUUCUGCAGAAGGAGGUCGAGAGCAUCGACUCGAAGGACGAGAUAAAAGUGUCCGAGUCCUCGACCGACAACUCCGAGUCACAUCGAAAAACCGAGCAAGUCAGUGACAAGCCAAAGGACACCGGCGAGCGCAAGCAGGAGAAGAAGAAAAAGACGAAAUCCAUCAGCGACGUUCUUUCCAGGAUCAAGAAGGAGCCCGUCGAAAUGAAUGAUCUCACGCGGGAGCUCUUCGAGAAGAAGAACGACAGUUCAAGGAAAGAGUGCGAGGUUGACUCGAGUAAAGCCAACAACAACGUCGGGGAGCAUUUUGUCGAGUUGCCGAAAGACGAGGAGGAGUCACUUCCGAAUCAAAACGGCCUCAGCGAUUCGACGAGCACCCUGGACUCGGAGAAGCGGGAAAUCAAGGUCGAGGCCGACGAGGAGGUUAGCGAAGAAAAAGAGGGACCAAGAUUGAAGAUUAAAGACCCGGCCGGCACGCUGAAGAGGCGGCGAAUAAGCGACUACGAGGACGAGAGCUACUCGAGAGACGAGGCGAGUCUCUACCUCGUCACCGAGACGCAGAACAGCCUCGCCCAGCGCUGCGUCUGCCUCUCGACGAUCCUCAGGAACAUGACCUUCAUACCGGGCAACGAGGGCGAGUUCGCCAAGAACGUCACGUUCCUCAGCCUCCUCGGCAAGCUGCUGCUGCUGCACCACGAGCACCCGGUGCGGACACUCAAGACCCGCAACUACGACCGCGAGGAGGACGCCGACUUUGCCGACUCGUGCAGCAGCCUCCAGGGCGAAAGCGAGUGGUGGUGGAACUUCCUGCACCACAUCAGGGAGAACGUGCUGGUGAUGUCGGCGAACAUUGCCGGCCACUUGGAUCUCAGUCAGCAUCCGGAGGAGAUAUCGCGGCCGGUGCUCGACGGCCUGCUGCACUGGGCCGUGUGUCCGGCGGCGCACGGCCAGGACCCCUUCCCAACGGUGAGCCUCAACUCGUCCCUCUCGCCGCAGAGGCUCGCGCUCGAGGCCCUCUGCAAGCUCUGCGUCACCGAGAGCAACGUCGACCUCGUCGUGGCGACGCCGCCUUACUCGCGACUCCAGAGACUCUGCUCGGUCCUCACGCGCCUCCUCUGCCGCAGUGAAGAACAAUGCCUGCGGGAGUUUAGUGUGAACCUUUUGUAUUUCCUGUCGGCGGCCGACAGCGGCGUGGCGCGCAGCAUCGCCCUGCAGACGCCGUGCGUCGCCCUCCUCGUGGCGUUCAUCGAGCAGGCGGAGAACAGCGCGCUGCAGGUCGCCAACCAGCACGGCCUGCCGGCGCUGCGCGACAACCCCGAGUCGAUGGGCACCAGCCUCGACAUGCUGCGCCGCGCCGCCGGCACGCUCCUCAACCUCGCGAGGCACCCCGACAAUCGGACUUUAUUGCUGCAGCACGAGUCGCGAAUGCUCGCGCUCGUCAUGAGCCAAAUCCUCGAUCAACAAGUGGCGGCUAUAGUAGCGCGAGUUCUUUUCCAGUGCUCGAGGAGCGGUGUCACGUCGUAACUCGAGCGUUACACGCAGCCCCGUUUUAUUUUCUUCGUAGAGAAAAAACAGACUAUUCGUUUUUGAACAUUCAAAAAAAAAAAAAAACUGUGACGCGAUUGUAGUUUUAUAUAUAAACAAACAAGUAUAAGGAAAUAAAAAAAAAUAAAAUAAAUGCUAAUUAUCGGUGUUAGCGCCAUUGGUAUACCUUUCAAUUUGUGAAUUGGAAUAAUAUCGAUAGUGUAAUGUAAGAUAUUCAAUAGUCGAGAAAUAUAUGAAUGGGAGAUAGCUAAAAAAUGAGAGAAUAUUGCAGAGUGUUAGAUUAGAAAAGAGGGUGGGGGGGGAGAACGGGAAAAAAACUAAAGGAUAGGAAAAUUUAGAGUGAAGGGGGGAAUGUUGAGAAUUUGAGAGAGAAAAAAGAUUACGAAACAAGAGAGUUGAGAAAGUGUCUGAGAGAACAAAAAAAGAGUGAAUGAAUAAUUCCGAAAAAACAGCAGCUGCAUAAUAAUAUAUAAAAAAAAGCCACCAAUAAAAAAAAAAUGCAACUCGCGUCGUGCGAUGUGUUAUAUCGUGGAUUACGAUUAUAUAUAUAAAUAUAUAAUAAUAUAAUGCAAAUUUUUAUAUUUGCAUGUUUUUGUGCUGUAAUUAGCGAGUAAUUAAGGUAUUUUGUAGAUAACACACACUUCCAUUGAAUCUUAUUCGGUUCGUGUCAUCAAAAAUUGUCUGAUGGCACUCCAAAUAUUAUGCGUGGAUUAGACCCACAAGUCUCGACAUUUAACAAACAAAAAACAGGCAGUAAAAUAAAAAUUUUUGAUGCGAUUGAUAAGAAAACGUACAAGUGUGAAAGAAAUUGAAUGAAUUUUUUUAAAAACAAAUUUGUUACGUGUGAUACGUAAAUUUGGCCGGGUGUGGGGGAAGGGAGGGAGGGAAACGGAAAAGUAAGGUGUGCGUGGGAUUUUUUUUUUGUGGUGUAACGGGGAAUUGGGGGACAGGGUCUACCAGACACUAGCUUAAGCGAACUAACGAGUAGUCAUUCGCUUGCACUUUAGCAAAAGAAUGAAAUUCUUCCGUUCUUUAUACAUAUGCAUAUAUUUUAUUUUAUUUAAUAUAAAAAAAAACAAAAUGAUGAAAGAAGGCGAUGAUUUUUAAAGAAAAAAAAACCCUCUCGUGCGUUAAAUACGAGAAAAAAAAGUGGAAUAGCGAUGAUAAUUUUGUUUUAUAAUAAUAAUAUUGCAAAUAAAAGGAGCGUCUCGAUGUGUAAAAAGUGGACUAAUUAGAAAUUCCGAGACAAGGGCAAAAGUGCUAAAUUUUGAACUCCUGAUUAAGAUUAAUAAAAAAAAAAUUAUCAUCGAUUGUACAAACGACGCUAAUUUGUAAAAAAAAAUAAUGAUUAUGAUAAUGAUGACGAUGAAUUAUGAGAAAGAAAAUCAUGAUUUGAUUUUCGAGUAUAGGAAAAAAAAAGAGAACGGUUUACGGACGGUCCUUAUUAAUAAUUCGACUUUGGUCGAAGAAAAAAAUUUAAAAAAAAAAACUUCUCUCGAAGAAGUGUAUUUGAACUAUAAGGAUGAUAAAGAGCACUUCCCUUGAAUCCGACAUCUCCCCCCAACCCCGAAAUAUCCUACUCUAUAGACAUCUUAAUACGUGUAGCUCUUAAAUUAUUUACUUUAGUUCGAGUGAAGAUGCCUGUAAGUGUAAUUUACUAAGACUUUUUGUAAAUAAAUUAUGAAAUAAACUAGACGUACUUUA